AAUUUCUGCUAAACUUGCACAGAGCCAUUACAGAAUAAUCCUGUGAUCCAAACUAGUUUUCCUGUCAAUCAGGGAAAAUCUAAUCUAAUCGUCCCCUGCAGCGACGAUUGAUGACUACAAGGCCGAUUCGAUUUGGACUCAAUCUCUGACCCAUAAUUACGGUUCAUGCCAUCUAUGCAUUCCCAAAUACCCACCAAUAAAUACUCGGCUAAAACCCUUUCACUGUCCGGCUGUCUGUCUCUAUUCUCAGAACACCAAAAAGCACCGUUUUUUUCCAUCCUCUUCUCGGAAAAAAUUUAGCUUUCUCGGAAAAUUAGAACUACUUCACAAAUGCAUGAAAAGGAUAUACCGCCGGACCAUCUUCGGUGCAAGCGGACCGACGGAAGGCAAUGGAGGUGCAAAAAGCGAGUUAUGGAAGGCUUGAAGCUCUGCGAGAUUCACCAUCUGCAAGGCCGCCACCGCCAGUACAAGCAGAAAGUUCCAGAGUCACUCAAAAUCCAAAGAAAAUACAAGAAAAAGACGAAGGCGACCGUUAAUGGAGAAGCGGUUCUUGAAAAUCUUGGAAUUAGGGCAAGGAGAUUGAAAUUGGGGAAACCUGUGAAACGGAGGGGAGUGAUCAUUAAAUCAGAGGCAGAGGACGACGUGGUUAGGAAGAUAAAGGGGAAGAGAAAGGACAGAGAGCUGGAGCUAAUAAGGAUGGUGCUGAAGAGAGAAGUGGAGAAGAGGAAAAAGAAGACCCUGAAUUUGGAGAGGAACGAUAGUGACAAUCAAAACGACAGUAACAGUGAGGGAGAAACGACUAGAGAUUUGCCUAAUGGGCUAAUGGCAAUAACUUCUUGUUCUUCUGGUUCUGGUGGUUCGAAUUCUGGCAAUGUAGGUUCUCCUUGUGAUGUCAAGAUUGGUGCCGAAUCAAAGCCAGUGCUACGAAGAUGCUUUCGAUCGAAGAACAUUGAGCCAGUCCCUAUUGGUGCACUGCAGAUGCUGCCUUUCAAGGGGAAGGUGGUGAGUUUGAAGAAGAGGAGGAAGAGGUGCCACUGGUGUAGGAGAAAUGGAGGUUUGCGGGGUUUGAUUCAAUGUUCGGCCUGUCAAAAACAGUUCUAUUGCAUGGAUUGCGUGAAAGACAGGUAUUACGCUGUGCCUGAGGAAAUUAAGAUCUCAUGUCCAGUUUGUCGUAGAACUUGCACCUGCAGGGCCUGCUUAGUAAAUCAAUGCAUUGACAUCGACAGCAAGGAAUUAACAAGAGACAAGAACAAAGUUGACCAAGUUCUACAUUUUCACUAUUUGAUCUGCAUGCUUCUGCCCGUACUGAAACAAAUAAACCAAGACCAGAGCAUUGAGCUAGAAAUAGAGGCACAGAUAAAAGGCCAAAAACCCUCUGAAGUGCAGAUCAAGCAGGAUGAAUUCAGCUGCAAUAAGCCACCUUGUUGCAAUAACUGCAAGAGUUCCAUUGUGAAUUUCCAUAGAAGCUGCCUAAAUUGUUCAUACAAACUUUGCUUAAGUUGUUCUCGGGAGGUUUUCCAGAGGAGCUUAUCAGGAUGCGUCCAAGCUCUCAUUUGCAAAUGUCCAAAUGGAAAGAAAGCUUGUAUGUUUAGAAAACCUUUAUUGGAUGAGAAAUCAGAUAGCCCCUCCAGUCAUGACAGUUAUGGUAGUGCACGUCUCUAUUCUUCUUCAAUAUUGCAUAGUUGGAAAGUGUAUGACAGUAGUAAUGGCAUUCCUUGCCCACCGUCAAAGUUUGGUGGUUGUGGCGAUGACUUCCUUAAUUUGAGAUGUGUUUUUCCUGCAAGCUGGACCAAAGACCUGGAAGUAAGUGCAGAAGAAAUAGUUGGCUGCUAUGAGUUGCCAGAAACUGCAGACAUGUUCUCACAAUGCUCGUUAUGUCUCGGGAUGAAUCAUGAAUCCAAUGGGAUCAAGCAGUUGCAAGAGGCUGCUGGAAGAGCAAUUUCCAAUGACAACUUUUUAUAUUGCCCUUCCGUUGUGGAAAUUCGAGGUGAUAACCUUGAGCAUUUCCAGAAGCACUGGAGUAAAGGUCAUCCUGUGGUAGUUCAUAAUGUCCUUCAGGGUAUGUCAGAUUUGAGUUGGGAUCCCAUUUUCAUGUUCUGCACUUAUCUUAAGAACUGUGAUGCCAAAUCCCAACAUAAUGGAGCUAUGGAUUGCUUGAACUGGUUUGAGGUAGAAAUUGGCAUCAGGCAGUUGUUUAAGGGUUCUUUGAACGGCAGGACUCACACUAACAUGUGUCAUGAAAUGCUGAAGUUGAAGGGCUGGCUGUCUGCUAGUCUAUUUCAGGAACAUUUUCCCGCUCAUUAUGCUGAGAUACUUCAUACUUUACCACUUCCAGAAUACAUGGAUCCAACUUCUGGUAUUUUGAACGUUGCUGCAAAGUUGCCACAAGAAACCUCACAACCUGACUUAGGUCCGUGUAUUUACAUAUCAUGUAGCAGUGGGGAGAACCAUGUACAGGCUGAUUCUGUGACGGAGUUAUGUAAUGAUUCAUGUGACACGGUUCAUAUUUUGAUGCAUACUACAGAUGAUGCUAUAUCACCUGACCAGAUUGAUAAUAUAAGGAAGUUAAUGAAAAAGCACGUAGCUCAAGAGCAAAGAGAGUCUUCAGGGAUGACUCCUGAGGGGAAAACAAAAGAUAAAGCAAUUGCAGAUACAUCACUCAGUGGUGAGAACUUGGAUGUAGGAUUACAUAAUGUGGUUGGAGAAGAAUCACAAUUGAAUAGGAGAGAUGCAAGAGCAUCUUGGUUUCCUGCCGCACCAAAUGGAACACUUCAUUCGAGUCUGAAAGAUAGACAUGUACUACAUGAUGAGGAAAACAUUACUGAUACUCAAUCAGAUACUGACCCCAUAAAGCGUAGCCAUGGAAUUACUCGAAACUCACAAAGUUCAAAAGACGUGAAUUUAUGUGGGACGCAUACGGCAAUUGCCAAUUUUAUCAUAAAUGAAACACGGGGCGAAUCUUGUGGUGCACAAUGGGACGUCUUUCGUAGACAGGAUGUUCCGAAGCUUCUUGAAUACCUCAGAAGACAUUCUGACGAGUUCACUCACACAAAUGGUUUUCGAGAGCAAUUGGUUUGCUCAAUUCUUGAUCAAAAUUUCUUUCUUGACGCGACUCACAAAAUGAGGCUUAAGCAGGAGUUUGAAAUUGAACCCUGGACCUUUAAGCAACAUGUGGGAGAAGCUGUCGUCAUUCCAGCCGGAUGCCCAUACCAGAUAAGAAAACUUAAGUCCUGCGUUAAUGUGGUUUUGGAGUUCAUCUCACCAGAAAAUGCUACAGAGUGCAUCCAGAUGAUUGAUGAACUGCAUCUUCUUCCCAAGAACCACAAAACCAAAGUAGACAAACUAGAGGCUAGGAAAAUGGCCAUCUACGGUAUUGGUGCAGCUAUUAAAGAAAUCCGCAAGCUUACCGGAUGUGGGGACCAGUGCUGACCUUGAAGAGCAAUGAGAACUACCGAUAAUUGAUAAAAGGCUAGGUGAUAGCACCCAGCAUGUUUUGCGUGAAAAUAAAGGAAACGUUUCAUUGGAUUAAGCAAGCAGAAGCAACUCCAAGCUGCAGAUAAUUAAUUGCUUCAGACAUUUUAGGAGGUUUUGAUGAGCUUUGUAAUUUACUACUUGUUUAGUCUUAGGUAGAGAGUGGAGAAAGCCUCUCCUGGGAUCAGUGACCAUUGUCAGAGGGGUUCUUUUGCGUGUAAUGAAAUAUUCAAUUAUUCAUUAAUCUGUGUAUAUACAACAAAAGUCUCGUUAAGCAUUGUCAAAAGAUGAAGUUUACUUAGAUUUGAUACAAA